AGCCACCGACAAAACUAAGAAACUUCCUCUUUCCGUUUUCAAGCUUUGGUUCAGAUGUCGUUAUCAGACAUCUGAUCAAAUGUCCUCUUCAUCAGUUCCAGAGCAAACGACACUGAUGAUCCCUUCAUUUUCAGUUCUAUUUUGUUACCAGUUGAGUUCCACCCGCAAUCUCUGUCCUCGUCAAGAAGUUUGACCAUUCGAUCUACCAACUUCAAGAAACCGUGAGAUUUCAGCUUCUCUUAUGCUCGUUAGGCUUCAUAUUUGCAUGCUAGGGUUUCAAAUUAGGUACCCUUCAUUCGGAUCACCUUUACAUUGCUCGACAUUGUGCAAGUUAUGGUGAUUGAGAUGAUGGGUUUUGAUCCAAACCUCGUACUUUCCAUCAGACAACUGGCAAAGAGUCACUUCAAGAUUCAAUUUCUCCGGUCUGUAAAUGGGUUUAUCAGGAUCGGAUUCGUUGUUUCCUUCAUCUUAGCUUUGGGUUUGUGUUACGUGUCCGUGUAUCCAAUGCUUCGACGAGAAGCAGCAAGUCAUGUACACAAGGUCACAGAGCCUAUUGAUCCAGUAGGGACUUGUGAUUUCUUCCGAGGAAAGUGGAUUCCUGAUGAAUCUUACCCAUUGUACAAUGCCUCGGGAUGUCCAUUCUUGGAGCGUGGAUUCAAUUGCAUAUCCAAUGGAAGACGCGACAAUCGUUAUAUGAAAUGGAGGUGGAAGCCGAAUGAUUGUGAUAUUCCAAGGUUUAGUGCUUCCAGAAUUCUUGAAUCCCUUCGCGGGAAGAGGAUUGUGUUUGUCGGUGAUUCGUUGAGCAGACAGCAAUGGGAAUCUAUGAUAUGUUUCUUGGUGACUGGUGUUAAGGAUAAGAAGAGUGUUUAUGAACUCAAUGGGAACAAAAUCACCAAGCAGAUCAGGCACUUGGGCGUUCGGUUUAGUUCGUUUGAGCUGACAAUUGAUUUCUACCGCUCGGUUUUCUUGGUGCAGCCUGGCCCUGUGCCAAGCCGUGCACCGAAAAGGGUCAAAGUGGCGCUUAUGCUCGACAAAUUAGACGAUAUUAGCCGAGAGUGGGUCAAUGCAGAUGCUGUAAUAUUCAAUUCCGGGCACUGGUGGACACCGACUAAGCUCUUUGAAAUGGGCUGGUACUUUCAGACAGGCGGAUCGCUGAAGUUAGGAAUGCCAAUCAUGUCUGCAUUCAGAUCAGCGUUAACAACCUGGGCAUCUUGGGUCGAGGCCAAUAUCAACACUAACAGAACACGGAUAUUCUUCCGCACGUUUGAACCAUCGCACUGGAGUGGUUCAAACCGUAAGUCGUGCAAAGUAACCCGAACCCCAUCCCUCAGAACCAAAGGGAAGGACAAAAGCAAGAUCUCAGACAUCAUAAAAAAGGUUGUCGGGAAGAUGUCAGUUCCGGUGACAGUCCUACAUGUGACGCCUAUGGGAGCAUUCAGGAGCGACGCUCACGUCGGGACAUGGAGCGACAACCCGAGUGUUCCCGACUGUAGCCACUGGUGUCUACCGGGUCUACCCGACACAUGGAACGAAAUUCUCUUUUCCUACCUGCUAUCAGAGAACAGCAGGAAGAACCCUUAAAUGCUCCAUCACAUGUAAGUUUUGCCUCUUAAAUUCAUACGUAUCUUAGAUUAGCUUGACAAGAACUGCAAGCAAGUUAUUUAGAAGUGUUUUCUAAUGCAAACAAAGCCCUGAAUUUUUUUUUUAUAACACCGAAAAAACUUAGCAUGGGAGCUAAGCCAUUAGAAUCUUA